AUGAGCAAGCCGAAAAAGGAUCAGGUUGAUUGGAAGAACUCACCUGGAGAUGUAGAGGCACUGGUUAGGUUCUUACACAGCCAGAGAUCACGGGUAGGACAAGGUGGUAAUUUUGAUAGCACUGUGUACAAUGAGGCUGCAAAACACCUUGAAGCAUGUGGUCCUCCAAGCCAUGGAGUGGCCAAGACUGCUGUUUCUAUUAAGAAGUACUACAGCUCUACACUCCGAAAGCUUCACACAGAUAUCCUUGCAGUCCUUCAGAAAACAUAUACUGGAGCUUCAGGAUGGACUUACACUCAUGAAGGUGGCUUCAAUGUUGUUUCUGCUACUGAGGAUGCUUGGAGGAACUUCAUAUCUGUUCACAAGCAGUUUAAACCUUUCAAAACAAGUGGAUGGCCUCUCUGGGAGCUGAUGCAUGAGAUCGUUCCGACUCAGGCCAGAGGAGUCCAUGUCUUCAAUGCUGCAUCCCAGGAUACAGCACAGGAAACUGGUGAUUCACUAUCUGAGCCGGAGUUAGACCCCCGUUCGCGUUCUGCUACUCCCUUACAGGAUGUCAAAAAUCAUUCUCCCUCUGAGGAUUCUGCCAUUUCCGAGUCACAGAUCACUUCAUCCCAGGUUUUUGAUGAAUCACAGGAUACUUUGUCCCAGGUUUCCAUGCAGGUCUCCUCCACUUUGUCGCAGACCUCUGUCACUUCAUCACAACUACAGAAAACUCCUGCGCCGAAAUGUGCAUCCUCUGAUAUAGCCAACAUGUCAAGUCCAUGCCGCGGGCCUCCAUUCCGCCGCUCGGUAUUCCGAAGAUCUACUUGCUAUUGUAAUCUCACUCUUAUUGUUCUUUCUCGCUACACAUACCCUUUCGUUCUAGUCCCUCCUUAUUGUCUUUUACUCUACCCUGCAGGUACUACUCGUAUAGCUCCUAGUAGUUAG